AUGCAGGAAGUGACUUUGCUGGAUGACAUGGCCGGCUCCUUCGAAGUAAGCAUGGAUGUUUGCAGUGGCCAGCGACACGUCAAUGGAGUCGAGUUCUUUCUGUAUCGGGGCACUUUGAAGAUCAGUGCCACCCCGACACGCACAGAGGCUACACUGCCAGAGCCAGGAGCUUGGAAGUUCUGUCGGUUGACCGUCCGGGCGGACCAUGCUGAACUUGUGCACAUCCUCGAGACCAAUCUGUGCCGCAAAAUGGAGCUCAACGUGGAGUGCAUCUACUUCUUCUCAGAAGCGGACGGUGCUCGCCUUGCAUUUAUGGUUGGCAAGGGCCUGAAGGACAAGUUCUUCGGCAGAACUGACUUAUGCAACUUUCAGCAAGCUCGUUGA